CUAGCUCCUUCUAACUCAGUCCAUCAAGCUACAUUUAUUUUACACGUCUUUAAUUCCAACGAAUACACUUUACGCCAAGAACAAAGAGUACACAUGGGCUGAAAUGAGGUCGUUUAAAAUGCUCCGCGUAUUGUUUUCCAAGCGCUUCCAUUGCUAACCCGUAUUAAUUCCACGAAGAAGAACUUUCCCGCAGGGCGUGGUGGGAUACGGAGUCUCCUGAGUGGAGGACUGAAACACUGCUCAGCUGGUCGAGCUAGCAGCAGAGAAGAAGAUGGCUGCAGAGGGGAUUUUCAGGCCACUGACUGAAAACAGAGCUCCGUUUGUCACGUUGAAUGACGACUAGCCUCCGUGUCACCCCGGUUGUUCUGUCGGCUGCUUCCGCCCGGAUUUUUCGGAUUGGAUUAAACAACAUGGGGUCGCAGACGCUCCAGAUCCUGAGGCAGGGGGUCUGGGCUUCAGUAACGGGCGGAUGGUACUACGAUCCCGAUCAAAAUACAUUCGUCAACGCUUUCCAUCUCUACAUCUGGCUGUUCCUGUUGUGUUUCCCCUUCACGCUCUACAUGGCUCUGCCACCCACCAUGGUGAUCGUGGGAAUCUACUGUGGUGUGAUCGCUGCCAUGUUCCUGCUGCUGAAGACAGUGAAUUACCGCCUCCAUCAUGCCCUGGACGAGGGGGAGGUUGUGGAGCAUCAGGCCAAGGAGAGUCAGGGCCGGAGAGGUGGCACAGAGGGGGCGAACGACGGCGGCGUGACUCGCUGGGAAGACAGCAACGGCCCGGGGGAUCCUGGAGGGGGUAUUGAAAUGUCAGAUUUCAUCCAACAAGAGACCCCACCAGUGGACUGCAGCUCGAGAAACUCCUACAUUGGGAUGGAGUCUCACCAGAUCGCAUCUGCGCAUGGAAGAGCAGCCGUUGUCAAAGGAGAUGUAGGAAAGAUCUCAGAUGAACUCAGUUUAACGCUGGUGGAGAGCUGCAGUCAUGAUCAUGACCUGCUGUCAGACACUAAGAUGUACUGCCUUGUUCACAAUGACUCCUUCGCCUCCCUGCAGCCAUCCACCUCCUUGUGUCCUUCAGAGUUGUCCAGAGAGCCUGCUGAUCUGUGCACCUCUGCUGCUUUCCACUUCAGCCUGUCGCACUCAUCGUGUGACACAGAGGCGACCACUCAGGCAUCCGUGCAAUCUCAGACCUUUAGGAAAGAGAUCCGUUCUCGUGGCCUGCCUCGGACCUCUAGCUCAGCGGGCUCUGCUUUCCCCGACCCGUGUCUCCCAGACUUUACUCUGUAUCCUCCACCCAGGAGAGGUGGCCUUGAUCCAGUGUGUGAGCUUGAGGCUGCCCGGCCGCACAAGCCGGGGAUAUGUGACAGGAAGCAGCUUUACCAGCAGGACCCAGCUGUGCCCUCCACCUCUGGGGAAGAAUGUCACAGGAACAAAGAACAGCACAAAGUCACUCGCUCGGCCUCCAGGGAGGCAGGGGAGGGUAGCUCAGGACUUUACCAGGCAGAGGUGAGUGGUGGUGGGAGAGGCUCUGCUGGAGGAGGACGGUCCCACAGGGGAGAGCGAAGUGCUGAUAGCCUGAAGAGUUUGAGUACACGUAGCAGCGGCUCCACCGAGAGCUACUGCAGUGGCACGGACAGAGACACCAACAGCACAGUCAGCAGCUUUCACAGUGAACAAACCAGUUCGACACACGUGGAAAGCCUUAUGUCCCUCUCAGGGGAUGAGCGUGCGCGGGACAGAGGCGAGGCUGGACCUGCUCCUGCAGGCGGCAGGGCUCCCAGCCUGGGCAGCAUCAGUUGUCAUGGUCUCAGCACUGUUCCCUCCAGGGAGGCUAACAAAAACCCUCAUGCCAACGAGACUGCAAAACAAACUACAGACCAGGAACUGGUGGACCCUGGAUUAGGCACAGGUGAGCCCGGCAUCAGGACCAGUGCCGACGGCUGCACAGGUGCAGCUGGAGCAGGGCAGGAGCAAACAAAACCUGAUGUUCUGAUAAAAUCGGAUACCGUUGUUCAGAGGACUUUGUCUCUAUCAACCGAGCGCAGCGGGCGUCGGCACGCUGGGAAGAAAAGAGCGAGCAGCUUUGAUGCCAGCCACCACAGAGACUACUUGUCGUCCCGCGGCAUGGCGAAACCCUGUAGUGCCGUUUUUACUGGUGGAGGAGAGUGUGACUCUAGUGAUCAGAGUGAACUCAGUUGUGCCUCCAGCCUCCACUCCACCCACCAUCUAAGUACAGACAGCUCAUCUAGCGCCACCUCCCGCUCCCCAGAGGGCCACUUUAGGGGCCCAAAAGCCAAGCAUGCUGCAGCCAAAGCGCCCUCGUCCUCCACGUCGAAAGGCGCCAGAGGAUCUGUAACGGGGGUGCGAACGGGAGGGAAGCGCCGCACCUCCCGCCGAACACCCAGCACAGGUAGUGCCAAAACGCACGCUAGAGUGCUGAGUUUGGAUAGUGGUACCGCCGCUUGCCUUAAUGACCCCAGCCGCUUAGGAGCGCCGCCUGGACCCCGGCCCCUCACCACCUCCAAGUCGGACUUGGAAGCCAAAGAAGGGGAAGUUCUGGAUGCUGCGUCUCUGCUGGGUCGGGCCUCUCAGCUGGAAUCUGUGACUCGCUCCAGAAACAGUCUGCCCAAUCAGUCGGCUUUCUCUGAUCCUCAGGAUGCAGCUGCUGCUUCCCUACGGGCACCAGGAAGUGAGGAGACGGUCAUUUUCCGUCGAGAACGUAGCACAUUUCGACGGCAGGCCGUACGACGCCGGCACAACGCAGGAAGCAACCCCACCCCUCCCACUUCUCUCAUCGGGUCUCCUCUCAGUCUUCAGGAGGCUCUCAGCCAGGCCUCCCAGCCUUCUACAUCCCUGGUAAAGACUCAGCCAUCCAGAACUCCAUCCCAGGUGACGGUGCUGAGUGCGAGCGUCUCCCUACUGGCCAGGAAUGGAAGCAUGCACCUGGAGGGAUCUCAGGACAAGGCCUCAACUGUUGGUGCCACCAGCUUACAGGAUGACUUUGGAAAGCUCACUCCCUCUUUAUACGAGGCUGGCGGAUGUGUGAUGUCCCUCGUUAAUUUUGAACCUGCGACCAGACGAGCCUCCAAUAACUUAUGGGAUACAGACUCUCACCUCUCCAGUUCUACCUCAGUUCGCUUCUACCCUCAUGACCUGAUUCGUCUGAACCGGCUGCUGACCAUGGACCCAGAGCUACUGGAGCAACAGGAUGGAGAUCUGAGCCCAGAGCUCCAGGAUGCUCCACAGGGACAAGAGACCUCUGCAGUUUCUGCUACUGCUAACAAAGCUAAGCAGUACUACCGCUUGUGGCUCCUCCCUUACCUGUGGGUGGGCCUGCACUUUGAUCGGCUCACCCUGCUGGCUCUGUUCGACAGGAACCGAGAGGUUUUAGAGAACGUGCUGGCCGUGGUCUUGGCCAUCCUGGUGGCCUUUCUGGGUUCUGUGCUGCUGGUCCAUGGGUUCUUCACAGACAUCUGGGUCUUUCAGUUCUGCCUCGUCAUUGCAAGUUGCCAGUAUUCCUUACUGAAGAGUGUCCAGCCAGACUCCUCCUCCCCCAGACAUGGUCAUAAUCGUAUUAUUGCCUACAGCCGGCCGGUCUACUUCUGCCUGUGCUGUGGCCUCAUUUGGCUUCUUCACUACGGCAGUCUGAGGAUCGACUCGUCCCGCUUCACCCUGUACGGGGUGGCUCUCACCAGCUCGCUGGUGCUCGCCUCCGCCAGGGACCUCGUCAUAGUCUUUACACUGUGCUUUCCCAUCGUGUUCUUCAUGGGGCUGCUGCCACAAGUCAACACGUUCGUCAUGUACCUCUUUGAGCAGCUGGACAUCCAUGUGUUCGGGGGCAAUGCAUCCACGAGUCUUCUGGCAGCGUUGUACAGCGUCCUGCGCAGCAUUGUCACGGUGGCGUUGCUGUAUGGCUUCUGCUACGGAGCUUUAAAGGAGAGCUGGGAGCCUCACCACAUCCCCGUGUUGUUUUCUGUCUUCUGCGGCCUCCUGGUGGCAGUAUCCUACCACCUGAGCCGACAGAGCAGCGACCCCUCGGUCCUCAUCUCGCUGAUACAGUCCAAGAUCUUACCCAGUUUCAAAGACAAGAACCCAGAAGACCCUUUCUCAGAAGUACACGACCCUCUGCCAGAGAAGCUGAGGGCCUCCGUAAACGAGCGCCUGCAGUCGGACCUGAUCGUCUGUGUGGUCAUUGCUGUCCUUUACUUUGCCAUCCAUGUCAGCACAGUGUUCAUAGCCCUUCAGCCUUUCCUCAGCUACGUCCUGUAUGCUCUGUUGGGCUCUGUGGGCCUGCUCACCCACUACCUGCUGCCUCAGGUCCGCAAGCAGCUGCCCUGGUACUGCUUCUCCCAUCCUUUGCUCAAAACCAAGGAGUACUAUCAGUUUGAAGUCAGAGACGCAGCUCAUGUGAUGUGGUUUGAAAAGCUUCAUGUGUGGCUGCUGUUUGUGGAAAAGAACAUCCUCUAUCCGCUGGUCAUCCUGAACGAGCUGAGCGGCAGCGCUAGAGAGCUCGCCAGUCCGAAGAAACUUGACACAGAGGUUGGAGCUCUGAUGAUCACAGUAGCCGGCCUGAAGCUGCUUCGCUCCUCCUACAGCAGUCCUACCUACCAGUACGUGUCCAUCCUUUUCACCGUCCUUUUUUUCACCUUCGAUUACCGACACCUGUCCGAGACGCUGCUGCUGGACCUCUUUCUCAUGUCCAUCGUUUUCAGCAAGUUGUGGGAGCUGUUUUACAAGCUGCACUUUGUCUACACCUACAUCGCUCCAUGGCAGAUCACAUGGGGCUCAGCCUUUCACGCCUUUGCUCAGCCCUUUGCUGUGCCUCACUCUGCCAUGCUCUUCAUUCAAGCUGUAGUGUCUGCUGUCUUCUCCACUCCCCUCAACCCCUUUCUGGGAAGCGCCAUCUUCAUCACCUCUUAUGUCCGCCCUGUCAAAUUUUGGGAGAGGGACUACAACACCAAAAGAGUGGAUCACUCUAACACUCGGCUGGCGUCUCAGCUGGACAGAAACCCAGGCUCAGAUGAUAACAAUUUGAACUCGAUCUUCUACGAGCACCUUACCCGCUCACUGCAGCACAGCCUCUGUGGAGACCUCCUCUUGGGCCGCUGGGGAAACUUCAGCACCGGGGACUGCUUCAUCCUGGCCUCUGACUACCUGAACGCUCUGGUGCAUCUUAUAGAGAUCGGUAACGGCCUAGUCACCUUCCAGCUUCGAGGGCUGGAGUUCAGAGGAACCUACUGUCAGCAGCGAGAGGUGGAAGCAAUCACUGAAGGAGUGGAGGAAGACGAGGGCUGCUGCUGCUGCGAGCCGGGUCAUCUUCCUCACGUCCUGUCAUUCAAUGCUGCUUUUGGCCAGCGCUGGCUCUCCUGGGAGGUGCUGGUCACCAAAUACGUUCUAGAGGGCUACAGCAUCACUGACAACAGCGCCGCCUCCAUGCUUCAGGUGUUUGACCUGCGACGCAUCCUCACCACCUACUACGUCAAGGGUAUCAUCUACUACGUGGUUGCUUCGCCCAAGUUGGAGGAGUGGCUGGCUAAUGAGACCAUGAAAGAGGGUCUGAGAGGGUGUGGAGAGAGGAACUAUGUCGACCUGGAUCCUACUUUUAAUCCCAACAUUGACGAGGAUUACGACCAUCGGCUCGCUGGAAUCUCCAGGGACAGUUUUUGUGGCGUCUACUUGAGUUGGAUACAAUACUGCAACUCUCGAAGGACCAAGCCACUGGACAGUGAGAAGGACUCGUCUCUGGUGCUGCUCUGCUUCGGCCUCUGUGUGCUGGGAAGGAGAGCUCUGGGAACGGCUGCGCAUCACAUGUCCAGCAACCUGGAGUCCUUCCUGUAUGGACUUCAUGCAUUAUUUAAAGGAGAUUUCCGCAUCUCGUCAGUGCGGGACGAGUGGAUCUUCGCAGACAUGGAACUGCUCAGGAAGGUCGUUGUACCUGGAAUCCGGAUGUCUCUUAAAUUGCACCAGGACCACUUCACGUCCCCUGAUGAGUACGAUGAGCCAGCUGUCCUUUUUGAGGCCAUCUCCUCCCACCAGGAGAACCUGGUCAUCGCACACGAGGGCGACCCAGCCUGGAGGAGCGCGGUGCUGUCCAACUCCCCGUCGCUCCUCGCUCUGCGCCACGUCCUGGAUGAAGGCACAAACGAGUACAAAAUCAUUAUGCUCAAUCGGAGAUACCUCAGCUUUCGGGUCAUCAAGGUGAAUAAAGAGUGUGUCCGAGGCCUUUGGGCCGGACAGCAGCAGGAGCUGGUGUUUCUCAGGAACAGAAACCCAGAGCGGGGCAGCAUCCAAAACGCCAAGCAGGCUCUACGCAACAUGAUCAAUUCUUCCUGCGACCAGCCCAUCGGCUAUCCCAUCUACGUGUCUCCGCUGACCACAUCCUACUGCAAUUCACACCCACAGCUCGGACACGUCCUGGGGGGGCCCAUCAGCAUCGCGAACAUCCGCAACUUUGUUGUCGGCACCUGGCACAGGUUACGGAAAGGCUGCGGCGCAGGCUGUAACAGUGGAGGGAAUAUCGAGGAUUCAGACGCAGGCGGUCUGUCGUGUGGCAGCGGAAACGGGACAGGCGCUGACUCUCAUCAGAGCUCGGUGUCACACGGCGGAACCUCUGGACCUGCUCCUCUGCACUCGUAUCCACCACAUUCUCUGGGCACCAGUCAGAGUUCCCAGUCAGUUCAGUCUGGUUUGGUUCGCCACUCUCCUGCCCGAGCCUCGAUGGUCAGCCAGUCUUCAUCGUACCGCUACAGCAGCAGCCGGCACUCCUCCCUGCGCACCUCUGCCACCGGCCUGGAGCCCUGCCGCCGUUCCUCCACCAGCCAGCUGUCUCUGCGCACGCUGCCCACUUCCCUGCAGCUCCGGCUGGGCUCCAGCUCUGACCCAGCCGGCCCCUCAUCCUCCCUCUCCAGCCACAGCAUCCCCCCGUGUAAACGUCACACGCUGGUGGGCCUCUUGGGCAAUGACGGUGUGUGCAGCACCGUGACAGAUCCCCUUAGCCAGCUUCAUCACCAUCAUUACCACCCACAGCAGCACAACCCCACUGUCUCCACCGUACGGAGAGAUGACAUCUCCUACAGAGUACAGAUUGUGGAUGUGAGUCAGGUGCUGGAGAGCAUCAACCUACCGAAGCGGAAGGAGCUGCAGUGGCCUGACGAGACCAUGAGACUGAGGGCAGGACGGACCUGCUGGAGAGACUGGAGCCCAGCUGAGGGCAUGGAAGGACAUGUGAUUCACCGGUGGGUGCCUUGUAGCCGAGAACCAGUCAGCCGCUCCCAUAUCAACAAAACCAUCCUGCUGGUACAGGUGGACGAUAAGCUAGUUCCCAUUAUUGAGACUGGUAUCAUUGAGUUGGGUGCAGAGGUUUGAGCCUAGCAAAAACACCCCACACACACACUACGCACACACUCUUCUUAGGAUGCAGCCAGACCCUCCUUGCCUUCAGCAGGAAACUUCAGCCUGCAGGUAAACAGGAAGUGGGAGCUGCUCCUCCUCCUCCUCCCCUCUCUGCUCCUGAUGCCGAGGAGGAAUGGAAGCCAGGGAAACAUGCAACAAUAAGCAGAGUAGACAUUUCUCCGACAUGCUUUACUGCAUCAGCACCCAUCCACAGUAUCUGCCUUGCAUCGCGUCUCAGAAAUGCUGCAUGACAGUAAACAACCUUUAUGUUAACUUAGUUCUUGCUAAUGAUGAUUCAUUUCUAUGCAUUACAUCAGCAGAAACUUUUUUUGGGGGGGUGGGCUGACAAAGCUGACUGUAAGAACCGUGUGGAGAUUUAGCUUUUGUUUUAUAAAUCCUUUAAUAUUUUGCCAAAUAAGUUUGUUCAAUAUUUGCCAUGUUUCACACACGUGAACACUUUUUCUUUUUUUUUUUUUUUCUUUUUUUGGCUGCCAAGACUGUAGAGGAAGUUGUGGUGCAGAAUGGACACAAAGUCAGAGACUGGACGAUGUUGUCCUCCACAAUCUCUGCGUGAUUGUUGUCAUUCCUUUUAGGAUUCCUUUGAAUUUUGCAAGAUUAAUUUGCGCUAAGAAACUUGCACUAUUUUUUUAUUUACAGUGAUGCACUACAAUCUCUAAAUAAUAUCACAUUUUAUUUAUUACAGACUCUGAAUGGCCAUGGUUACAGAUGCCUUGGGAAUGAAAAAAAUGCAAUCAUUAUUCUGUUUUCAGCCAUCUUUGUUUUAAUGUCUUUUGUUUGAUAAACUUGAAAAUAACUUUUUACUGUAUAUGGAUUUAACUAUACAUAAAUAUAUAUUUACACAAAUAUAUAUAAUGUCUAUGUAUAAAAUAUUUUCUUUUCAAUAUUUAUUAUUGUGAACAUAGUAUUUACACUUUGUUACAUCUUUUUUUCUCCUUUUUGGACAAAGGUUAAUGUAUUAAGGACCAUCAGAUGAAACAAAGAUCCUGCUUUUUUUGAUGGACUGUUUCACUAUUUAACUUAAUUCUUUUCUAUAUGGAAAAAUAAAAGUUUGAUUUAAUAAUGUC